GCGUAAACAACAGGGAGUGUAAAGUGAUGCCAAGUCUGUCUCCGGUCACAAAACAGCAGCAUGAGCUCGGAAUAUAUUAUCUCUGAGCCCACGUCGAUGGACAAAGAGAUCCUGCAGCAUGCUGUGCAGGAACAGUUUAAACCAGAUCACAUCCUGCGUUUUCCAGAUGCGAGCCAAAUCCACUUUAAUGAAGUCCAGAAAUUAAGACUGGAGUACAAAAACAUCCUGAAGAUUGAUCACUUAUGGGACUUCUCAUCUUUGUCCAAACUUGAGUUAAAUAACAAUGCUAUAGAAAAGAUCCAGGGACUGGACCAUCUGGUUAAUCUGACGUGGCUUAAUCUGUCAUUCAACCAGAUUGAGAAAAUAGAGGGUCUGGAGUGUGUGCAGAAGCUUGAAGUGCUGAAUCUAUCCAACAACAAAAUCUCUGUCAUUGAAAAUAUGGACACACUUGAGAACCUAACUCACUUCUUCAUUUCAAACAACCUAAUUGGGCAGUUGGAUAAUGUGCUCUACCUCAGGAAGUUCAAGAACCUGGCAGCGUUCAACCUGUUUGGAAAUCCUUUCCUAAACGAGGGUGAUUACAGAUUUUUCAUUGCUGGCUACUUUCCAAAGUUGAUGUUCCUAGACUCCAGAAUACUUGACCAGAAGACAAGAAAGGAAGCAUCUAUCAAAUAUCACUAUGUCCUUGAGAAAAUGAGACUUGAAGAGCUGGAGCUACACCAGGCUGAUGAGGCUCGACAAAGACACGAAGCUGAGCUAAAAUUACACCGAGAUGCCUUUGUGGAGUUCCUUAAUGGUUCUUAUCUGUUUAGGACCAUGUUUAAAGAUGAUCCAAAAGCACAAACACUGCACUGUGCACCAGGAGUGGAUUCUCUGAUUCAAAGAUUUGAGCACCAAAUGGGGGAGCUGUGUACACAGUUAUUUGAAAGGGGCUUGGCUGAGCACAAACGAAGGGAGACAGAGGUGAAGUCUUUCUUCAGUUGCCAAGAAAAGGCUGUGACAGACUGCCAGGAGAAGGCAUCGCAGAUGUUAGCAAAGUUUAAUCAUGAACACAAAGAGCGGACAGAAGAGUUGCAGCAGUUAUCAGACCCAGAGGUACGCAAAGUCAAGAUUGACCACUGCAAUGGUGAAAUUAACCGGCUCUGUAAAAACCUCAUGACACUGGAGUUUCAGCUGGUCAGCGAGAUGGAGGAGAAGAUCAAAACUUUUGAGAGCAGAAUCUCAGACAUGGUUAGACACUUCAGUGAAAUCACGUUCUCCCACUGUCGAGAUCUUGAAGAUGACUAUUAUCAGAAGAUGCAAAUAGUUGCUGCUAAAAUCUUGCAGACAGUGGCCAGAGACGCCCGGAAGGAGGACUUGCCAGAUGAUGUUAUAAUGCUGUUUGAAGACAGAGAUGCCGUGAUAGAUGCACUGGCCACAGCCCACGAUAACCACCUCCUGAAGAUCAAUGACCGAGAGACUCAGUUGACUACAGGCAUCAGUGCCUGGAAGGAGGCCCUCAUUAAGGGGGUAGAGAACAUAAGAGAUGAGGAACUGAAGCGGAACCGCAUGAACAUCUCAGACAUCCACAGAUAUGUGGAUAAUUUGAGGGAGCAGCUGGAGGAGUUGAUAUAGUGGAAACCACUUGGCGGCCUCAAGAACACUUCAAAAACCACUGUCAGUGAAUACAGUUGUAUUCACAAAUGAGGGUUCAAACACUACCGCUAAAAGAGAAAAAAAGAUACAGAGCAAGAACCUAUACUCGGGGCAUGAGCUACUGUGCUGUGAAAAAGUAUUUAACCACUUUCUGAUUUCUCUGUUUUGUGUGUGUGUAUUUAUCACAGUGGCUCUGUGAUGUACUUGUACACUCGUGCUGCAAAUGAAAGGUUGCUGGUUCAGUUCCAGGCAGAGACACAAAUCCCCUUUGGGGGAAGGAAAGGCAUCUAUACAACCACCUCU